GAAGGGAGGUGGGGCUGGGGAUCCGGGAGAGGAGAGCAGGAACAGGCGCUGCCGGUGCUGCUGCUGGGCUGCUGGUGCUGCUGCUGGGGAGAGCGAGGGGCGGCCCCAGCCAGAGGCGGAGGAGGAGGGUGAGGAGGGCGAGGAGGGGGACGAAGAUGGUGGAGCUGGAGGCAGCAGCAGCUGGAGGGAAGGCUCGUGCCCAGGCUAGUCGCCCACCCUGUCAUUCCACCAGCGCCGCCUGCUAACGUGGGCCCCGCCAGACCCCAGCUGUCAGGCUACAAGGUCUGAAGCUACUUCCUGUUUGGCUACUCUGGAUGCACAGCCCUUCAUUUGCCCUUUCUCACUACUUCUUCCAUUUCUGGAACCACAGGCUGAGUUGCACCUGCUAACAUCGGUGGGUCUUAUUGCCCCUGCUUCUGAUGAACUGAACACUGUGGUGCAGGAGAGUUUAGGGCUGAAAAGCAAGAGAGACUUGGAUUUGAAUUUGCCUCUGAUGCUUACAAGCUGCCUGAUCCGAGACACAGCGAGGAAGAUGAGAGCGGAGUAAGCGGGCAGUCAUCCUCUUCCCGAGCUCUCCCUCCUCCCCACCAUGAGCCACGUGGAAGGCCCGCCCGGUGUCGAGGUGAUUGAGGAGCCAGGAAGUGGAGAAUCGGGAGAAGUGAACGAAUCCGUGGAGGCCGACCUGGAGCACCCCGGGGUGGAGGAGGAGCAGCGGCCGCAGCAUGCAGCCCCCUACCCUCGCGGUCCCCAGCCCGGCCAGGGGCCGGAGGAAGAGGACCGAGGGGGCUCCCUGGCCCGUUCAGCCAGCACGGAGAGCGGCUUCCACAACCACACGGACACGGCCGAGGGGGACGUGAUCGCCGCAUCGGUUGAGGACGGCUACGACCCGGAGCGGGGCCAGGAGAACGAGGACGAGAGCGCCUACGCCGUGCAGUACCGGCCCGAGGCCGAGGAGUACACGGAGAACGCCGAGGCAGAGCACGCGGAGGCCGCUCACCGCCGGAGCCUACCCAACCAUCUGCACUUCCACUCGCUGGAGCACGAGGAGGCCAUGAACGCCGCCUAUUCGGGAUACGUCUACACACACCGGCUCUUCCACCGCAGUGAGGACGAGCCCUACGCCGAGCCCUACGCGGACUACGGCGGGCUGCAGGAGCACGUGUACGAGGAGAUCGGAGACACGGCGGAGCUCGAGGGGCGCGACGGCCUGCGGCUGUACGAGCAGGAGCGCGAGGAGGCGGACAACUAUCGCAAGGAGGCGCUCGGGGCGCGCCUGCACCACUAUGACGAGCGCUCCGACGGCGAGUCUGACAGCCCAGAGAAGGAGGCGGAAUUCGCCCCCUACCCGCGCAUGGACAGCUACGAGCAGGAAGAGGACAUCGACCAGAUCGUGGCCGAGGUCAAACAGAGCAUGAGCUCCCAGAGCCUCGACAAAGCCGCCGAAGACAUGCCCGAGGCUGAGCAGAACUUGGACAGGGCGCCCAGCCCCGACGGUGGUUGCGGCGACCCCGGCGAGAAGGGGAGCCCUGGGCAGCCCGCCCCCGUGGGACCCCGGCCCCCAGUCCAUGCAGGCGAGGCGGGGCAGCAGCGCUACAGCAAGGAGAAGAGGGAUGCUAUCUCCCUGGCCAUCAAGGACAUUAAGGAGGCCAUCGAGGAGGUGAAAACCAGAACCAUCCGUUCGCCUUAUACGCCAGAUGAGCCAAAAGAGCCCAUUUGGGUCAUGCGGCAGGAUAUCAGCCCGACCAGGGACUGUGAUGACCAGAGACCGGCAGACGGAGAUUCUCCAUCUCCUGAUUCUUCCUCUCCCCGGGGUGCUGAAUCGUCAAGCAGACAGCAUCAGCAAGAUGACCUGGCGGAAUCCUCCAGUAACAAAGAGUCAAGGAAAAGCUUGGCAUCAUUCCCAACAUACGUUGAAGUUCCAGGACCCUGUGAUCCUGAAGACUUGAUCGAUGGCAUCAUUUUUGCAGCCAAUUACCUUGGCUCCACCCAGCUGCUUUCUGACAAAACACCCUCCAAGAAUGUUCGGAUGAUGCAGGCACAGGAAGCAGUAAGCAGGAUCAAGAUGGCCCAGAAAUUAGCCAAAAGCAGGAAGAAGGCUCCUGAAGGAGAAUCUCAGCCCAUGACAGAAGUGGAUCUCUUCAUAUCUACCCAGAGAAUAAAAGUCUUGAAUGCAGAUACACAGGAAACAAUGAUGGAUCACCCUCUGAGGACCAUUUCCUACAUUGCAGACAUCGGGAAUAUUGUUGUGCUGAUGGCCCGCAGGAGAAUGCCCCGUUCCAAUUCCCAAGAUAAUGUGGAAGCCUCUCACCCAUCCCAGGAUGGGAAGAGGCAAUACAAAAUGAUCUGCCAUGUCUUUGAAUCUGAGGAUGCCCAGCUAAUUGCACAGUCCAUUGGUCAAGCCUUCAGUGUGGCCUACCAGGAAUUCCUCAGGGCAAAUGGAAUCAACCCAGAAGAUCUCAGCCAGAAGGAGUACAGUGACCUACUCAACACCCAAGACAUGUACAAUGAUGACCUGAUCCACUUCUCCAAGUCUGAAAACUGCAAAGAUGUUUUUAUAGAAAAGCAAAAGGGUGAAAUCCUGGGUGUGGUGAUUGUGGAAUCUGGCUGGGGAUCCAUCUUGCCGACAGUGAUCAUAGCCAACAUGAUGCAUGGAGGACCAGCAGAGAAAUCGGGAAAGCUAAAUAUCGGGGACCAAAUCAUGUCCAUCAAUGGCACCAGCCUUGUUGGCCUCCCUCUUUCCACUUGUCAGAGCAUUAUUAAGGGUUUAAAGAAUCAGUCUCGAGUGAAGCUGAACAUUGUGAGAUGCCCCCCAGUCACCACUGUGUUGAUCAGAAGACCAGACCUCCGAUACCAGCUGGGUUUCAGUGUCCAGAAUGGAAUUAUCUGCAGCCUCAUGCGAGGAGGGAUAGCAGAGAGGGGCGGAGUUCGAGUGGGACAUCGAAUCAUUGAAAUCAAUGGACAGAGUGUUGUAGCCACACCCCAUGAGAAGAUUGUUCACAUUCUCUCCAAUGCUGUUGGGGAGAUCCACAUGAAGACGAUGCCAGCCGCCAUGUACAGAUUGUUGACGGCACAAGAACAGCCUGUUUACAUCUGAGACCCAUGCUCCUCACCUUCACGACAUGCAUGGAGGACGCCUCCUCACUAGUGGCUAUGUUUCUAGUGCUGCACAUUUGUGACCAUGGAGACAUUUCGUUUGCACUCUCUCUCACACACAACGUUUUGUCAUGCACCAGAAGAAAAGUGUCCACCAGGACCCCUUCUUUCUCCCUUGCUCCAUCUUUCCCCCCAGUCCCCAUCCCCAAAUACAAGUGAUAUUUUAAUGUGUGUAGUUCUUUGCAGAAGGGAGAGCUGCUCAGAUCUUCCCAGCAAACUCAGCUGCAAAUGAAUGUUGUGGAGAGUUAAUGCUUUACAUUUUCAGUAUGCCUGGCAUCCUGGAAGGGGUGGAGGAGAGAAGAGAGAACUAGCUUUCCUUUUCCUGUGGAGUCCAGACCUCAGAAAAAGGUUUACCAAAUGGGGGUGAUGGUGGGAGCUGAAAAAUCUGUUGGCUAGAAGUUCUUUGGUGCUCUUAUUCUCUCCUUGGUGUACUUAUGUUGGGACAAGUUUGGGUAUGGGGAACCCAUAUAAUAGCUAAAUAAAUAGCUAAAGAACUUGAUUGACCAAAGUAGAUUGAGGGCUUAACUCUCUUCACUAUUUCCUCACAGAGUUCCUGAGCAGGUUUCAAACAUAUUCCAUGUUUGGUCUUUAAUUUGCAAUAUGUUUAUUUACUCUAAAUAUAGAUACUAAAAGGCCACUAAGAUUUAAAUAAAGGGAGAGGGGAGGGACCAGUGACAUUUUGAAAGUGGUUAUAAUGGCCUUGCAGAUAGCUUCAAGAUUAGUCAGGCCCACUAAGUUUACAUGGGUUUCUCCCCUGUCACUAGCCAAUGAAUACCAAAAGGGGUCUCUUACAACCCAUUUCAUCCAUCCCAUUCCACUAGGGUUGUAAGUUUAAACACUAGGUCCCCAGACACCAUCUGUCAAAGGCCCACACCACUCCUAGAGUGUUUUUAUCAUGUAACCCUGUCCCUUCCUGGUCACUACAGGGGCUGCAUGGGUUGAAAUUCCAUUUUCAUUCUGUCCUUUGGGCAUUUUGCAUCAUUUUAACCGAGGUACUUCCUACUUUUCAUACAUUUUGACAGAGCUCUCCCAGAUUCAGUGAAUUGAAGCUGCUCCCCUAGCUAGCUUGAAGACAGGGAUCCAGAAGCUUACUCUUUGGCAGGAGACCAUCUCUUCCUUUCCUAAGUUUUAAGUUCCUCUGGUCCAUAGACUGAACUAAGCUUCUCUUCUUUUCGAGGACCAACAAGACAUGAAUAUUCUCUACGCAGCAAACUUGAGCACUGAUGGAACCUUAUGGCCCUAGCUGAUUAUUUCUAAGCUUCAUCUUCCAGCCUUGUGGAUCUGAGAGAGAGUUGGCCUGGUGUUGAAUGUUCCUCAUGUUAUCCAGGUGCCUCAUAUUUAUGGACUCUUAGUUCAGCAAAGGCGUCUCAGUAAUACUGUUAUUCUGAGCCAGUUUUUACAUAUUCUUGGUCCAAAGAAUAUUUUUGAUUUCAUGUGGGGUGUAGUUUUAAUUCUUUUGUUUUUUGUUUUUCGGGGUUUUUUGUCUUACUUUGUUUGUGACCUCAGUGGAAUCAGGGGAAGAAAAACUAAUAUAUUUUUAAUAUUAAUAUAAAACCCCUUGUCCUCUGCUUUUAAGAUAUUUAUUCAUUAUGUCUGCUGACAUAGGAAUUCAGUGAGCAAACUGUGGGUAGUGGUUAUUUAUUACCAUGGAGGAGAGAAGGGAAGGGCAUAAAAAUAAUAAAGAUAAAAACCAAAAACCAGGCCCACAUCUCCACCUGGAGAAGUUAAUUCAUAAGAUCUAAUCUACUUUUCUUUGGGGCUCUAUCAAUUCAGGUUCAUUCUAAAAACAGGGGAGUCCCAUAUCUUACAAUUAUUAAAAGCCAAGUCUUCAAUUUUUGAGCAUAUGCCUGAUGGAGAAAUGAAACCAGACAGAGCAAAUGAUACCCUUGGAAAAGAGAUGUGCCCUUCCUCAAUAUGAAAUGCUUAAGGAAGUUGUAGGAGCCCUGAAGUCACUUUCUUGAGUUUAUACUGAAGGCUGGCCUUGGGCUGAAUUAUGAAGUAUCGAGUUAGUCUUCAUCUCCUUUCAUAGGUCUGCCAAUUCCUCCUCUUGCUAAUAGAGCUCUCCUGUGAGGAACGCCUUCCAUACUAAGGUGUUCAUCUCAGACAUCAGCAUGCAAUAGUAAUCUAAGCUCAGAGUCAGGAAAGAGCAAGGAGUAAGUAACAGUCCCCCAGACAGCUCUCUAAGACAAUGUCUAGAGGAAUUGCUCCUCUAUCUCAGUGAAGAGUUUUCCACACUGGGAGUUUCUUCCUCUGACGAAAUCCCUGGUCUGACCCUCUUCACUAUUCCUCCAUAAAAGGGGUUAGGGACUUAAUAUGUUAGCUUUGGGGAAUAAUUGAAGUUUAAAUAGAAAGGCCCCUUAAUUUAAAAGGAAUGGAUGGAUAAUGGUAGACUUUAAAGGUGGUGGUAUUUUUCCUGAACUUCAACCACAGCAUGCAUGGAAGGCAGUCCCUCUUUGGGUGAGGGCUGCCCUAGCUAUGCUGGUAAAAAAAUCUCCCUAUUUGUUGCUAUUAGAGAGAACUCUGGCUUUGAUGGUGCUUAAAUAAAGAUUCUCCUGCCCCCUCACACACCCCUUCACCCCAACUCUGCAUCUCGUCAUCCCAACACCUAGAACUAUGCCUUACCCAGGAUUGGCGCUCAGUGAAUGUUUCAAGGGAGGAAGGGGGGGAAAGAAUGUAUUUUCUGCUUUUACCACUGAUAAAAUCCUGGACAGGUUUAAGAAAAGCAACAGAAAUGGCAAACUCAGAAAGUGAACAGACCCAAUCUCUAUUUUAGCACAAGAUUAAAAUGGACUUAGUGACCCACUGUUCACAUUAAGUAAAAACAGUCCCUGGCUAUAGGACUUUGAAUGCUACAGCACUGGCACUGAUGAGCACAGGUGAAGCAUUUUCUGGCCACCACAGGGCAGAAGCAAUUAUGAUGCAGGAGAAAAAGUUUUCUUAAUGUUAGCAAUUUAGUUUAUAAAGAUCACAUUUUUUUAAAAAAAAAUUUUCUUAACAUCCCUAUAUAUAGUAAUAUAUGUAAAUAUGAUAAAUACCAUGUAUAACUGAGAAGACUAUGUACAGAGCAGCCUUUCCAUAAGUUGCCUGAGUGAAAAGCUACUCCACCAGGGGUUAAAGCACGCUGGUUACUAAUGUCAGGUAUCAACCCCCAUUUUUAUUUACCUCUUUUUCAUUCUGUGGAGAUGACAAGACUCCAGCUCUAGUUCUUCAAUGUGAGGGUUGUAGGGAGCCACGUAGGGGCCCCUGGGAGUUUGGGACAAUGAAGACCACCCUCCACCUAAACUACCCAGGAGCCAGACCUCACGUCUCCAAUAAUAAUUGCCACUGCCCACCAGGGUAGACUUAGCAGGAAGAAACUGGAUGCACACAAGGGUUGGCUGCCAUUUAAUAGAAAUGAGAAACAACACACAAAAGGUAAGUCCCAUUUUCCAUAAGCACAGGUCCCCCAAAGGCCCCAGAAUAAAUUGCUACCUCCCCUUUCUUCCUUCUCCCGCUCUACACACACACACACACACAAACACCCAGUACACAAACACAUGCACAUUUCCCACAAUCUGUCAGAUUUAAAAAACAACAACCACCCACCUAUUUGUCCCUUCACCAGGGGUUUUGACCCAGUUGCAUAACUGUUGUCAGUGUUUACAUAUAAGGGACCACCUUGACUCUGCCUCGGUUUCCUUCAUAGGUUUAAAAAAAAUCCAUUCAUCGGUUUGAAUUACAUCCAUUGUCAAAUCUUUGAUUUGGGUUUCCUGGAGUGCAGGACUCUUUAAUUUAUGCUUUCCUGAAUCUCGGCAGUGUCUGAAGAUGAUGGUGUGGGUGGGAGGUUUCUUGUACAUAUUUAGCACAGUACCUAGACUAUGAAGUUGUAGUCUUGUUCUGUAAAGAAGGUGAGAUAGAACUGUAAAGCGUGGGGAGAAGUACAGUAUUGUAUUUGUAACAAUAUCGUUUUCUUUGUAUACACUAAACUUAAUGAUCUCUAUAUAUAAAAUAUAAAUAUAUAUAAAUAAAUCUAUAUAAAUAUAUAUAUAUAAAAAUAUGUGUGUGAGCCUGGAAUGUUGAUGAUACUGCACAUCUAUUGAAUGUAAUUCCUCUGUACACACAGCAGCAGUGGUUUGAUUUUUUGGGUUGUGUGAUAUAUUUACUGUGCUACCUUCCCUUAUUUAAAUGAGCGCUGAUGUCUGUAAGAUUUGCAAUGACAAUAAAAAAAACACCCUUAUAUAUUG